UCUGUGGCCUCAACAGUGUAGGACUCCGAUAGUCAUGAAUCAAUGCUUCCGGAGCAAUGGGAGAGCAGGUUAGCGCACACAAUGACACUGCGGACGGUACAAAAUACGAUGAGACAUGCACAUCAGCUGCUGCAACUGUUGACAAAGAGAUACGGCUCCAGCAGCGCGUUGCACAUCUCUUGCUGGGAGGGAGCAUUGGAGAAGGUGGCCGCAGCCACAGGUGGAUCCAAAGCCAUGGUCCAAAAAUGUCAUUCGCGGCAACGCGAACUUGCUCCGCUACACAUCUCUGCUCUUUGUGGUCAUGCUAGCGUUGUUGAGUACUUGCUGCAGCUAAACGCGUCUCCAGAUUUGGCAGGAGUCUACAACUACCGAGCGUUGCACAUUGCAGCUUCCUCAAGUGUGCACAUCUCCCAGCUUCUGUUGAACGCACAAGCAAGUCCAACGGUUCUAACAGAUGAAGCCGACACUCCACUACACCUGGCUUGCUGCUACCAACAAUUGCCGACCAUAGAGCUCUUGCUUCAGGCAGCAGCUGAUCCUUCCGCCGCCAACAACUUUGGGGUUACUCCUUUGCACGUUGCUGCUGCAACGGCAGCUUUGGAGGGAAGUGAUGUCCGAAAGGCGAAGGCAGUGCUGGUCUUGGUUAGCAGUGGGUCUGACCUCUUCGCACGGGACCGGCAGGGAAAGACUCCAGCAGCGAUAGCACGCACUGCUCAUGGUGAGCCCUCGCUUGUCAGCCUGCUGCAGGCUGAGAAUCCGGAGAGCUCUGGGUUUAUCCUGCCUGGUUCACCAUCGCAUACCACAGAGGCUCCUGCCGUAAAGGCGAAGCGCUGGGCCUCUGCACUGCUGACAGAGGCCUGUGCAUUGUGA